AUGGGAUCUGCUGCAUCAUCUCCCAGGCGCACAACUUCACCUCCUCCUUUCACAUCCGCAGACUUACACAACACCGUACUCCCACAACAAUCACCAACAACACAGAGACAUCAUGCUCACACUCUUCAUUCACCUCCUCAACCAGCUCAACCUAGGCCUAUCCCACCUACGACUGCUCACCCUUCCGGUCUAGGACCAGACGGUCUCCCAAUCACAGACAUGCGUACUCUAGCAGGUUCAGACUCCCCUUCUCCAGGUUAUCGUACAGACCCAAGGAGGAAAAAGAGUCUUGAAUUACCCGACCUCGCUUCACUCGCCCUUACCCCAGUUAGCGUACCCCCGCCUUCUGCUCCAAGGCCGAAAGAGAAGUACUCUGAACUCACGUACGGGUACCCCCCGGGAGCGAGUAACGUCACUACUCCUCCAUCGGGGAGGAAACGGAAAGACCAGCCACACACGCAUGAGAAACGCCGUGCAAGUGCACCGGCUACAACCCCACCCGUCGUAAAGGAGGAAGAUGUCCCCCGUCCGCCGAGCCCGGGAAUGGGACUCAUCUUCUCCCAUUUACCGACGGGGUUGCCAGAGCCGGAGGAGGAGGAAGAGCUGGGAGGGAAGGGGAGGGAGGUGACGUUCCGCUGGGAAGGAGCGGGGAGGGAGGUGCUCCUCGCUGGGAGCUUUUUGGCAGAUUGGCAGGGUAGGGAGAGGCUUAUUUGGGACGCAUCCCAGAACGCGCACACAUACACCCUCCCCCUCCGUUCAGGACUGCACAGGUUCAAGUACAUAAUCGACGGCGACUGGCGCUGUUCCACCUCAUACGAGACCGCUACUGACCCAGCGGGGAACCUUAUCAACACCCUCUCCGUACCCUUUCUCCCUCCGCCCUCGCCGGCCCCGUCCGUUCCAGGGACGAAAGCGAAAGUGGGACUCGUUAGCCCUGCACCGCUGGUUAUCCAGACACUCCCUAGCCCAGACUCCCGCACUCCCGCGAACGUGAACGUGAACGCGAAUACGAGCCGCCAGCCCACCCCCACUCACCCACUACGUCAGUCCGUCUCGGCCGAAGACGCCCUCGGCGGGAGGUGGGACUCCAACCCCCGGUGCGACAUCGUCACGGACGCCUAUUCCCCACUCUGGACCACAGUCCCCCCUCCUAUCCUCCAGUCCCUCUUUUCCUCCUCUUCGGGCCGCGCACCGGCCCUCCCCCCUCCUCCCGCUCUGCCCAGACAUCUAGAACGGGUGAUACUGAACGCUGCAGAUCGACCUGGAGGCCAAGCGGACGGGGAAGAUAACUCGAUCCUCCCUUUGCCGAAUCAUGUAGUUUUGAACCAUCUGACCGCGAGCGCUAUUAGAGGGGGGGUGAUGGCUGUGGGGAUUACGGGACGGUAUGGGAGUAAGUUGGUGACGACUAUUUAUUAUCGGCCGGUGGAACUGUAG